AUGUCUACUCUCAUCCCCAAUGCUCCUCCAGACAAUCGGUCUGACGAGGCAAAAAUAGAGCUGGAGUACGGUUCCUUGCAGUCUCCCGAGUUCUUAUACGUAUCCAAACAUCCGGCUGGCCAGCCCCUUCCCACGCCUGUAGACGACGAGCCUCCGUACUAUGUCAAUGUGGCGACGCUUCUUAGUUUCUUGUUUUUGAUUAUCAUCGGCCAUAUCCGAGACUUUUUCGGGAAAAUCUUCAAGCCCUACGAUUACGCGGACCUUAUCGAGAAAGAUGGCUAUGCUCCGUGGUACGACGGCUUCGAGAACUUCUACGUGCGUCGGUUGAAAACGCGUCUAGAUGAUUGUUUUGCCCGGCCUACCCACGGUGUGCCCGGCCGCUACAUCAAUUGUUUCCUGCGCCAGAGAGCUCCGCAGUUGAAGUAUACAUACAAUGGAGAGUCGACCAAGUGUCUCAACCUCUCGUCUUAUAACUAUUUAGGCUUUGCGCAGUCACACGGUGUGUGUACCGAUUAUGCUUUGAAGACCGUCGAGAAGUACGGCACGUCUGCUUGUUCUCCUCGUAGUGCAGCUGGUACUCUCGAUAAGCACAAGGAGUGUGAACAGGUGAUUGCGGACUUUGUAGGUAAGGAGGACUCGCUCAUUGUGAGUCAGGGUUAUGGUACCAAUGCUAGUGUUUUCGCGCUGAUGGUGGACUCGCAGUGUCUCGUCCUCAGUGACUCGCUCAACCAUGCCUCCAUUCGUUUCGGUAUCAGACUCUCCGGCGCGGUGGUCAAGCCCUUUGAACACAACGACAUGAGAAUCCUCGAGAAGAUCAUCCGUAAUGAAAUUGCCCAGGGCCAGCCCAGAACCCAUCGUCCCUGGAAGAAAAUCAUCAUUGCCGUGGAGGGUUUGUAUUCCAUGGAAGGUAACUUGGUCAACCUUCCAGAAAUCGUCGCUCUCAAGGACAAGUACAAGUGUUACCUCUUCUUGGACGAGGCCCACUCCAUCGGUGCCAUGGGCCCCAACGGCCGUGGUGUGUGUGAUUUCUUCCUGGUAGACCCUAAAAAGAUCGACAUCAUGAUGGGAACCUUCACCAAAUCGUUCGGUGCUACUGGUGGAUACAUUGCCGCAGACAAAUGGAUCAUCGACCGCUUGAGAAUCUCCUACUUCAACAGCCAUUUCGGUGAGAGUGUGCCUCCCGCAGUGUUGGGCCAGAUCAUCUCUUCCUUGAGCGUUAUCAAGGGUACAAUGAACCCCGGCGAGGGUCAAGAAAGAUUACAGAGAAUCGCCUUCAACUCGCGUUACUUGCGUCUAGGACUCAAGAGACUUGGCUUCAUUGUGUAUGGCGCUGACGACUCGCCCGUGAUUCCUCUCCUCCUCUACUUACCAGCCAAAAUGCCAGCCAUUUCUCGUAAACUUUAUGCCAAAAAGAUUGCCGUGGUGGUGGUAGGAUAUCCUGCUACACCCAUCACCACGUCCCGUGUGAGAUUAUGUGUCAGUUCGGCCUUGACCAAGGACGACCUAGAUUACGUUUUGGAGCAAUUCAGCGAGGUGGGCGACGAACUAUUCAUGAAAUACCGAAAGGAUGCACCUAGAAUGAAACUCGAGGACGUGUUGAAGACUAAUGCAGAGGACUGCAAACGCCCCGGUUUUGUCUAA